AUGGUGAGUGAGAAUGAGGAGAAAUCCCAGCAGGAAGAUACUGAGCAAAGAACCCCCUACACGUGCUCUGAGUGCGGGAAAAGCUUCAGUGACUGCCCACACCUUAUUAGACAUUGUAGAAUCCACACAGAAGAAAGGCCCUACACAUGCUCCGAGUGUGGGAAAAACCUCAAUCGGAACUCACACCUUAUCAGACAUGAGAGAAUCCACACAGGGGAGAAGCCCUACACAUGCUCCGAGUGUGGGAAAAGGUUCAAUCGGCACUCACUCCUCAUUAUACAUCGUAGAAUCCACACAGGAGAGACGUGCUACAUAUGCUCUGAGUGUGGGAAAAACUCCAGUGACAUCUCUGCCCUGAUCACACAUCAGAGAAUCCACAAUGGAGAGACACCCUACUCAUGCUCUGAGUGCCGGAAAUGCUUCAGUUGGAGCUCAUACCUGAUCAGACAUCAGAGAAUCCAC